AUGUCAUCGUCAAGACAAAAGUCGUUCUUUGAGCAAGAUCACAGCUCCAAGUCAAAAGCACGAUGGCAGGGCAAUCGCAGUUUCGACAAGAACCCAUCCACCAACGAGGCCACCAACAAACCUCUUCCCUCGACAAAGCCUCCGAUCCAACCUUCGACUGACACAAAAUCAAAAUUGAAAGCCUUCGAAUUCUCCCGCCACCCCGACAAGGAAAAUCCCUCCAACAUCACUACUGCUCCACUGUCACCUGUCAAGCACGCUCAAGCCCCAUCGUCGCCUAUCAAGACUGUACAAGACAGACCGCUGCCUUCAACCCCGGCCAUGCGCCUACCCCUUGCUGAUCUUAUUGGUAAUGCUGAGGACGCUUUACGAAGACCCACGCCUCAAGAGGAAUCGCCUGUUGAAGAGAUUGGUUGGAUAGCAAACAGCUCACACCCAGACCUGACUCCUCGUCAGAGACGGAGACGCCCACAGAGUUCGUCGCCUGUCACUUCUUCUCAGAAUGAUGCCUCCGACCUUCUCGACUCCAAGUUCCCACAGUCUGCUUUCAAGACUCCGAGAGCCGACCCAGCCGCCGAACUAUGGACGCGAUAUGCUACUGCUAGGAAUUCCGACGAGACGCCCAUCGAGAAACGCAUGCCUUCACUAGCGCAUCUCAUGAAUGACUCUUCGCCUCGAUCAGCUCCUCGAACACCUGGGGGCAGCGUUGGUGGUUUGAGAAGAUGGGCAAGCUGUGGUCUAGAGUUUCCUUCUUCUCGAGUCAAACGGCGCCGUGUCAAUGGAAUCUUUCGGGACAACAACAAUCCUCAGGAUCCAUCUGUCGCAAAACCUUUAUCACGAGUCGGCAUGUUGGUCGAGAAGGUCCAAGAAUCUCUUGCACACAAAGACAUUCCUUCAAGUUCUUCACCUUUACCUGACAAGGGCGAAUUCCCCAGGAUACACAAGCCUACAUCAGACCAUCAAGGAUCACAACCACGUUCGACACAUUCGUCACAACAGUAUUCUUAUCAACAUGAAGACGCCGAGUUUGACGAUGCAGACAUCACAUUGGAUGACAUGGCAGAGAUCCAACCAAAUAACACAACUCAGAAUAAUUCGAUGACCAACACAACCAUAAUGAAUACUAUUGAUGAGGAUGACGAUGAAUUUGGCGACGACUUUGGCGAUGAUCUCGACGCCGAAGAAAUGGAAAAUGCUGUUUCGUUCUUCGAAAGCAGACCCGGUACCUCCAAUGGCCAGUUUAACUCCCAACCAAAUACUUGUGCGAUCGCACAGCCUGACCAAGCGUUACCUCCCUCUGCGCCAGCGCUGCCUCAACAAGACCAACAGCAAAGGCCACAAACCUUUGACCUUACAGGAUUCUCCGACGACGAUGACGACGAAUUUGGUGGUUCUGACCUUGAUGAAGAACAACUUGUCCAGGCUGAAAUGGAUGCUACUCAAGCGUUGGAAGCAAGUACAAGUGCUAGCUCUGUACGUAUUUCGAAUCUUCCCAGGGUGUAG